UGAGGAGGUGGUCUGCGUUCAGACGCUGGUUGGGCGUAAAUCGAAGGAAACGCCCUAGACAAGAGGUCAAGGCUCGUCAGACACUCAGCUGUCGGACGGCAGUGACCCAGAAGCCGAGAGGUCACAAGAUGACAAGAUCUACAUCCCGUAUGAGUCCGCUGAACUCUGCUUCACUCAGAUAGCCGAGGACAUGGAAGCCCUGCAGAGGAGGCACCUGGAAAUGGUGCAGGAGAUGGAGGAGAACUUUCAGAUCACGGCACGAGAGAAUCAGGCGUGGACCGUGCAGAGGAUCACAUCUCACUACCAGAACAAGAUGAGCACUCUGAGGAGAAUCCUGAACAUCUACCAGGGGAAGGUGGAGAAGAAGAGCGUUGACUGUGAGAGGAGAGUCGCGGCCCUGACCGCACAGAACGAGCAGCUGCAGGAGGAGCAGCGAGCGGAGAGGAGGAGGAGCAAAGAGGAGGCCCUGCAGUGGAACAGAGAAAAGAGCAAAAUGAUGGAACUGUUCUCCAACAGGAUGGAUGUUCUGCACACCCACCAGGCGUCCACCCUGCAGGAGCUGCAAAUGGCCAGAGAGGAAGUGGGGAAGGUCCAAGAAAUGUUGACCGUAUCCUUACAGGAGCAGGAAGCCGCUAAGGAAAGCGAAAUCUCUGAGAAAGAGCUUUUAGCACAACAACUGGAGUCAGAUCCGACACUAGAGGGGGCUAAAGCCCGUCUGGCGCAGCUGAAAGAGAGGCUGUAUCAGAGGGAGAGAGAGAUCACCGAGCUGCUGGAGGAAGAGAGGACGCCGGUGCCUCCCAUCGCUCUGCCUUACUGCACCAUUCUGCUUCCCACAUUGAUACACAAGGCUCAUGAAAUCUGCAGGGCAGUGCCUGAAACCAGAGUUCUUCUGAAACUGAUAGGCGAGGAGAACCAGCUCGCUCUGGCCGAAGCCAGAGAGAAACUGGACCAUCUGCACGCCGAGGAAGACAAAGAGUCAGAUGAAUAUGAGUCAACUUUGUCUUUACUACAAGAAACAGUGAGGGAAUACGAGGCCACUCAGUUGGCUUUGCGCUUCAUCAAAACUGGAGAAAGUCCUGAAAUAAAUGAAUCCGACGCAGUCACAGAACUCGAGGCCGUCUUGGGACGAGGGGCGGUCCGAACCACAGAGGGAGUGAAGCUCGUCGGGCAGCAGCUUCUCUCGCUGCAGGAUCAGCUGAAACAAAUCAAAGAGGAGAAAAAUAAAAUCGUCGAGAACUACACUUCAGAAAGAACAAUGAGGAAGAAGUACUACAACAUGGUGGAAGACAUGAAAGGCAAAAUCAGAGUGUUUUGUCGGAUUCGACCGGUGAGUCGGGCGGAGGUUGCACAGGGUGGCGCCAUCGUCGUGGAGAAAACAGAUGAGUACUCGGUCACCGUGGAAACCCCUCGGGGGCAGAGGGAGUUCCAGUUUGACAAGGUGUUCACCGCCGAAGCCUCUCAGGACGACCUGUUUCUUGACGCGAGCAGGCUGAUCCAGUCGGCUAUGGAUGGCUACAACGUCUGUAUCUUUGCAUACGGCCAGACAGGCUCGGGGAAGACCUUCACCAUGGUUGGGGACAAGGACCAGAAGAACCCUGGGAUCAUGCCGAGAUCUUUUAAUGCCAUAUUUGAUAUCAUACAGGAGAACAGAGCCAAAUUCGAAUUCAAGGUUUCAGCCUAUAUGCUGGAGCUGUACAACGACAAGCUGCAGGAUCUCUUUGUGAGCCUGCCCGGUGAGGCCCAUGCACAGUCCCAGUCCCAGUCCCAUGGCCAGGCCAGGCGGGUCGAGAUCAAGAGGAACAGAAAGGGAGUUGUGUUCGCACAAGGAGCAGAGACAAAGGAGGCCUCCAGUGCCCAGGAACUCUACGCUCUGUUCCAGCAGGCCUGCGCCAACCGACACAUCUCUGCCACCAAGAUGAACGUGGAGAGUUCCCGCUCCCAUCUUCUUGUUGGCAUCAUGGUGGAGAGCAAGAAUCUGACCAAUGGGAGUGUGUGCAAAGGGAAGCUGAGCCUUGUGGACCUGGCAGGCAGUGAGAGAGCAGCCAAGACUGGAGCCAAGGACCACCAGCUUAAGGAGGCCAACUCCAUUAACAAGUCUCUGAGUGCUCUGGGUGAUGUGAUCUCAGCCUUGUCUGCUGAGCUGCCCCAUGUACCAUACAGGAACAGCAAGCUGACGCAGGUGAUGCAGGACUCCCUGGGCGGAAACGCCAAAACCCUGAUGAUCGUCAACAUCUCUCCUUCAGAAUGCAACCUCGAUGAGACGCUCACAUCCCUCAUUUAUGCAACAAGAGCGAAGAACAUAACCAACAAUGUUCAGAGAAAUUUGGAAAGCAAAGAGAUCGCCCAGCUAAAAGAGGUGAUCAUGAAGCUGAGAUCAGGACAAACAGUGGAAGACGAGGAUAUCUGAAAACAAUAAACUGGGAUAUUUGGAC